UUGUUUUAUAGGAGGAGAGGAGUAGAGGUAAUCUGGUAAUGCAAAGAAAUAGUAAUGAGUAUCAGUUUAGCUCCAAGUCAAUACAUAUACACACAUACAUAUAUAUAAUAGUUGCAUAUGUAUGUACACAGUAUAGUUUGCGGCAAACUACCUCCCACUUAAAAACUUAAAACCAUUAUCCCUGUCUCCAUGUGUCAGAGGAGCUGCCGGUCAAACAACGGACACCUGCUAAUCUAUUAUAUCUAUUGUUCAAAGUAAAAGCUAGACAUCUAGGUCUUUUUGUAUCACCAGUCGCAUGCCUGGCCUAAGGAUGACAAAUUUACGUAAAUUUAUUGUUGAUUUAUUUAUACCUAGAUAUCGGAGCUAAUUUGUUGGAUCCGAUGUAUCAAGGAAUUUACAAUGGAUCUCAAAAACACCACCCGGAUUUAGAGGCAGUUCUGCAGAGAAGUUGGGAAAAUAAUUUAUCCAGGAUUAUUAUCACUGCUGGAAGUCUUGAUGAGAGUAGAAAAGCUCUCGAGCUUGCGAGAACAGAUGCCAGACUAUUUACGACUGUGGGAUGUCAUCCAACGCGAUGUAAUGAAUUUGAAGAGUCUGGUGAUCCAGAGGGUUAUUUAAAGUCAAUGACUGAUUUAGCUGCUGAUAAUCGUGAUAAAAUAGUAGCUAUUGGUGAAAUGGGAUUGGAUUAUGAUAGAACUAAUUUCUGCUCCAAAGACACACAAAAGAAAUACUUUGAGAUGCAACUUUCUCUUUGUUCGACGCUUAAGCUGCCGAUGUUUUUACAUUGCCGCAAUGCUGCUGAUGAUUUUGUUUGUAUUCUUAGAAAACAUAAAGACAAACUUACUGAAGGCGUUGUCCAUUCGUUUGAUGGCAAUCCAGAAGAUGCCAAUAGUAUUUUACAACUGGGAUUGUAUAUUGGGAUCAAUGGAUGUUCGCUCAAAACAGAAGAUAAUCUUUUUACCGUAACAACCAUUCCUUCGGAUAGACUUAUGAUUGAAACAGACUGUCCGUGGUGUGAAAUUCGGCCUACACACGCAUCAUCCAAAGAUGUUAUAACCCAUUUUCCAUCAGUAAAAAAAGAAAAAUGGCAAGAGGAUAAAAUGGUCAAAGGUCGUAAUGAACCUUGUACAAUAGUACAAAUAUUGGAAGUUCUUGCUCGUGUUAGAGAUGAAGAGGAAGAAUAUCUUUGUAACCAAAUAUACAAAAAUUCAAUGAAAGUAUUCUUCCCUUAUGAAUUGUAACAAUAUUUAAUUUGUGAUUUUUUUUUAUAUUUAUAUAUAAAUAAUAUGCAAUUAUAUGCAUUACAAUAAGCGUAACACUUUACGCGGUGGAAUUGACACUUGAUAAUGCUCAGAGAUUGUAAAAUUUACAUCUUGCCUUGUGUUUUAUUAUUAUUUUUAUUGUUUUAUUUUUUAUCGUUAUUUUUACGAGUGUAUUUUUGCCAAGCAAAACCCGUACGCGACUUUUGUAGUAAAAAUAAAAAUUAUAAAAAAAAAAUAAAUAGAGAAUGGGAAAGAUAAGGAGUGAAAUAAAUGUAGAAAGAUGAAUAGAGCUUAAAAAAAGUCGACUCAAGAUCUCUUCACAUUUAAAGUAAAAAUUAAUAUUAAUAUAUUCUUGUUAAGAUUUAAUAUAAUCAUUAAUUAUGUCGCCAUUAUAAUAUACAUAUAUUUAUAUUUAUAUUGUAAUGACAAAUGUAUUUAUCAAUAAUUAUUAUUCUCUUAUUUACUGCGAUAACAUUUUCUUUUAAUUUAAUUUAUCUACUUUAAUUGUUUGUACAUUUUAUGUAGUUCAAUUUAAACAUGAUUUUUUUUUUCAAAAUGUCUACCCACAUCAUUCAUCAUCAAUAAUUAUUAUUGUUAUUAUUUUAUGAGUGUAAAUGUAGCGGACAUCAGACAAAAAAUUAUAAAUAAAUAGAGUAAAUAAUUUUAAAAAAAAUAUUUAUAAAAAAUGCACUUAUUAAUUUUUUAAUUUUUUAAAUGCGCAUUUUUUUUUAAAUUUUAUUUUAUUAAUUAUUUAGUCUAUUUAUUAAUAAUUUGAAAUUUGUCUGAUAUCUGCUACAUUCAUACAUUAUUUUAUUACUCUACAGUCUAUUGCUACCAAAAAAAACUCAUUAAAUUUAUCGCACUCGAACAAAUUGACACCAAAGAAAAAAUACACAUCUAUAAAUAUACAAAAUACUAUGGUUUCAGGGCUGCUUUGGAGUUUGUAAAUCUCCUUGCACACUUCUCGCUAUUACGAUUUUAAAUCUUUCACACUCACCCUUUUUUACAAUCAACAAAAAAAAAAAAAAUUUGCUGACUCAAGUUCAGUAAAAUAAAAAAUAAAACAUAAUUUUUAUUUCAUUAUCAAAAUAAAGUCAGACCCGUUUUUAUUAUCAUUUUUUUAUCAUAUAUAUUUAAUAUUAAUUUGUCGUAAUAUAAGGGAGUAGCAAAAGAAAAAUUUAUGAAAUAAUACGCGAGAUAAUUUAUACAAAAGUUUCUUUUUUUUCGAAAUAUCACAGGUAGAAUGGCGGUCGCGAUCUCUCGAAACUAUGCAGCCUCCUUGUACCGGUAUUCUAAAUUAUUUAUUUUUAUAUUUAAUAAAUGCUGGAAUAUUACGAGGGAAUUUAAUUGAUUUUUUUUUUUACUUAUUUAAUUUUGUUAGUCGACGAAAAUGUUUGACACCGUCGAUUCUUUACAGUAGUCCUUAAAAAAAAACACCGUAAAAUUUUAUAAUUCUUCUAUUUUUUUUACUGGACUUUUGAUAGCGUUUGGACUUUCUCGUAUACCCAAUCAUAUGUUUGACUUGCGAAUGCUUGAGUUGAUUUGACAGCUUCUGUCGCGUAUCCGCGAAUAUUUUCUGGGCUCAUUUUACCU